AUGAUUUAUUAACUUGGCAACUCAUUUCUUCCGGAGCAUCAUAAAAAAAAAAACCUCCAACUGCAAAUCCCAUUCCAAUUUCCAGCCAAAAAAAACAAACACAUGGGGAAAAAUCUGAGAGUUGUGAUGCUUCCAUAUUCCGCCUUCGGCCACAUAAUGCCUUACUUUCAACUCUCCAUUGCCUUGGCAAAGUCCAACGUUCAUGUCUAUUUCAUAUCCACCCCAAGAAACAUCCAGAGGCUUCCCAAAAUUCCAUCUGAUUUGAACCCCUUUAUCCAUUUAGUCCCCAUCCCAUUUCCUCCGCUGGAUCCCGACUUCUUGCCGGAAGGAGCGGAGGCCACGGUGGAUCUACCCUUCGAAAAACUUGACAACUUGAAGGUUGCAUAUGAUCUACUGCAGCAACCCCUUAAGCAGUUCAUUGGGGAGGAGUUGCCGGAUUGGAUACUAUCUGAUUUUGCAGCUCAUUGGGUGGUCGACAUUGCCAAAGAGUAUGGUGUUUCAAUUGCGUGGUUCUCUCCUUUCUCUGCUGCUUGCAAUGUGUUUUUCGGCUCAAUGGAAAACCUCUUGGGUACGAAUAGAAAUCAUGCUAUCCCAACACCGGAAAGUCUAACUUCACCCCCGGAUUGGGUUAGUUUUCCUUCAUCGGUUGCGUAUAGAGACUUUGUGGCGCCUUAUGUGGCGCGAGGCUUUUUUGGAGUCAAUAAAAGUGGGAUAAGUGAUUCUGCAAGGCUUGCCAAGAUUUUAUCUGCAAGUCAAGCGUUAGCCAUUCGAACUUGCGAUGAGGUAGAAGGAGAAUAUUUGGAGGUUUUCAAGAAAAUUACAGGAAAGCCUGUGAUUUCCACAGGUUUGCUUCUUCCGGAUCUACCUGCACAGAGGGGAAAAGGGGGAAUUUCUACCAAUGAUGGGAUCUUUGAAUGGCUUGAUAAGCGAAAAAACAAGUCAGUUGUGUUUGUAGGGUUUGGGAGUGAGUGUAAGUUGAGUAAAGAGCAAGUCUUUGAGAUAGCUUCUGGGCUGGAGUUAUCAGGACUCCCAUUUCUCUGGGCACUCAGAAACCCCAACUGGGCAAAUAGUGAUGCUGAUGCUUUACCUCCUGGUUUUGCUGAGCGAACAUCAGAGAGAGGACUUGUUUGUUUCGGGUGGGUGCCCCAGAUCGAGAUUCUGGGGCACCCGUCAGUUGGUGGUUCUUUGUUUCACUCUGGAUGGGGAUCCGUGAUUGAAACUCUGCAAUUUGGGCAUGUUCUUGUUGUGCUACCAUUGAUUAUUGAUCAGCCUCUGAAUGCAAGGCUUCUGGAAGACAAGGGUCUGGCUGUGGAAGUGAAAUGCAGCGGAGAUGGGUCGUUUAGUAAAGAUGAGAUAGCCAAAACCCUAAGACAUGCAAUGGUGGAAGAGGAAGGAGAGCAGCUGAGAUCCAAUGCAAGGAAAGCUGCAGCUGUUUUUGGUGAUCACAAGCUGCACCAAGACCACUACAUCGGGCAGUUUGUCAACUUUCUAAAAAGUACGGUAGCAGCAUAAGGUCAUCCUAAAGAACGAUAUUAAGGAAUAAAAAUGGUGUGUCUAGUCACGUGGAUGAUGAUAUUAAAGAAUUUAAACUAUCAAUUGUCAUAUCAUGUAAUAUGCUAUUAUCUUCUUUCUUUUGUGUCAUGCAAUAAGAUUUCAAACUUUGAAAUUA